CUUUCGGCAUAAAUACGCCAGCCACUAAAUGCCUCUCCAAAACGACACCCGCAACCAGAACAAAACGAUGACUAGUCCAGACGAGCUCAGAUCCUCCAGCUCCGAACUCGACCUGGAUCGACCCAACAUAGAGGACUAUCUCCCGUCCGGAUCCUCCAUCCACGAGCCUCGCGGCAAGCUCCGUCUGCGAGAUUUGCUUGACAUUUCGCCUACACUCACAGAGGCUGCUGGCGCCAUUGUAGAUGACUCAUUUACGCGAUGUUUCAAGUCAAAUCCACCUGAACCUUGGAACUGGAAUAUAUAUUUGUUUCCUCUAUGGUGUUUUGGUGUGGUCAUUCGAUAUUUUAUUCUUUUCCCUGUCAGGGUCAUUGUAUUUACAAUAGGAUGGAUAAUUUUCCUGUCAUCCUUCAUUCCAGUGCAUUUUCUUCUGAAAGGACACGAUAAGUUGAGGAGAAAGCUAGAGAGGUGUUUGGUGGAGUUAAUAUGCAGCUUCUUUGUUGCAUCGUGGACUGGAGUUGUCAAGUAUCAUGGGCCAAGGCCUAGCAUGCGGCCUAAGCAGGUUUUUGUGGCCAAUCAUACUUCCAUGAUUGAUUUCAUUAUCUUAGAGCAGAUGACUGCAUUUGCUGUUAUUAUGCAGAAGCACCCUGGAUGGGUUGGGCUGUUGCAAAGCACUAUAUUAGAGAGUGUAGGAUGUAUAUGGUUUAAUCGUUCGGAAGCAAAGGAUCGUGAAAUUGUAGCUAAGAAGUUAAGAGACCAUGUUCAGCGGGCUGACAAUAACCCUCUGCUUAUAUUUCCUGAAGGAACUUGUGUAAAUAACCACUAUACUGUUAUGUUCAAGAAGGGUGCUUUUGAACUCGGCUGCACAGUUUGCCCAGUUGCAAUCAAGUACAAUAAAAUUUUUGUAGAUGCAUUCUGGAACAGUCGAAAGCAGUCCUUCACAAUGCAUCUACUUCAGCUGAUGACAUCCUGGGCUGUUGUUUGCGAUGUAUGGUAUUUGGAACCCCAGACCCUAAAGCCCAGAGAGACUCCCAUUGAAUUUGCAGAGAGGGUCAGGGACAUAAUAUCUGUUCGUGCAGGUCUAAAAAAGGUUCCUUGGGAUGGAUAUCUGAAGUAUUCUCGCCCUAGCCCAAAACAUAGAGAGCGAAAGCAACAAAGCUUUGCCGAAACAGUGCUACGACGCCUGGAGGAGAAGUGAUAAAAUAUAUGGUUUUCAUCUUGUUUGUUGUAUUUAACCUAGUACAGAAGAAUACUGGUUGUGUCCUUCAAUUUUUUUGGUUAAUAGAUGCUGACUUUGACGUCAUUAAA